AUGAUUUUAUUCCUUAAACAUACUAAAAUAUAUAAUCGAAUAAUAUUAUAUCUGAAAAUAUAAAUGAAUAAAAAUAUACCCAAAAAAAUUAAUCUUUUGAAAAAAUAAUAAGCUAAAAAAACCUUUCAUCAAGCUAAAUAUAAAAUCAAGAAGAACAAGAAGAACAAAAAGAACAAGAAGAACAAGAAGAGCAAGAAUAAGAAGAUAAAGAUGAAUAAGUUAAUAUUGAAUAAUAAUAAAUGAU